GGCCAAAGCCUGAUCAUUCUAAUAGAAGAGCUUAUGGUCUUGGCCAACCACCUCGUGGCAACCCACCUGAUGAAAGCUAGACAGGGGAUGCAGAGAUCACACAAGAACACUGCCGACAAGGUUAAUAGAGCACUGAGGCAGUACCUGCAGAAGGUACUAACAUCACAAGAAGCUGCGUCGGAGGUUGGAGAGACUCUCGAGGAAACUUCGGAAUCUUCAAAGGAAUCUUCGGGAGGUGGUCAAGGAAAAGCAACCCAAGGAAAGUCUCCAGGAAACGAAUCACAAGUAAAGUCUCCAGGAAACGAAUCACAAGUAAAGUCUCCAGGAAAAGAACCUCCACAAGUUGGAGCGCGUUCGUCUUCAGGAGCGCAAGAGCCUUCAGACGACUCUGCUGCUACUCGUUCUGCGUUAAAGGCACUACUAGCGGACCCAAAAGUUGGAGCAGCGGAGCUGCUUGCCUUCACGAGUCAACACUUUCCGCCUUUGCUAUUAUGGUCUGCGCAGUGUAGAAGUACUACCUGUGUUAUUUUUAUAGUAUUCUAUUAGCGAGUGGGCACGUCAAUCAAUGGCUUAGAAGUGCCUCUCGUCAGACAAAAUUUGACUAUCCUCUUCGUGCUCCAGUGUACCUAUUUCUUGUAGGGUGUUUUUUUGUACACAUGGAGGCACAUGAAUCAAUAGGAAAUACAUUUCCAUUGCUUUUCUUGAUUAUCUGAGGAUGACAAGGUUACUCACAAAUACAACAGCACGAUCACUCGCCUUCAUCAUCUACCUUCUUCUUCCAAGACCCGAGUGUCUUUGCUCAGCCUGCUUGAGUCACUGUCUUUGCUCAGCCUGAUUCAGGUUCUGGGGGGGACCCUUCGGGCACCACCAAGGCCCAAUAAGUGCCACCAAGGCCCUUUGCGUGCCACCAAGAUCCUUUGAGUGCCAUCCUUGCCGCUUCCACUAAAGCCCUGCUUCUCUUUUCCUAGUACCUUUCGCUCUCUCUGACCUUGUGUUUUUUAGGGCGCUUACUUUGCUUCCCAGGACUCUUCGUCUCCCAGGGCCUUUGGCGUCCUGAAGUCUUUCCGUGAAGACCUCUACCCAAACCCGGAUUCUUCCACUCGAGAUACGGUUCCAAGUACUCAAUACCGUUCCAAAUACUUGCACUUGCGCAAACUUCUGAAUGUUGCUUACCGUUAAUGUGUAAAUGUAAUUACUGAUACUUCAGGAAAAUACCUGUCGAAGAUCACGUUUCCCCUAAAAAACCCUUCUCAAAGACCCUUCUUCUGCCACCAUCACGCAUCACGCUUCCCCUAAGAGGCCCUUGUCUUCUAAGAUUGAGCUAAACAGGCUUCCACUAUUACGCUACCCUAAAUCUAAAAUUAGCCUAGCCUGCAUUAGUCACACGAGAAGACUUCUGAGCUAAAUUCCCGUCCAAUAUUACGCUUCUCCCAGAAGUCCCUCUCUACUUGUGCUAGUGUCUUUCACUACUUAUUUUCCCAAGAAAAGAAGACUCUUAUUUUCUCAAGAAUCUUCUACCCGUCGUCCCCUACCACGCCUCUAAUUUCGGCAGAAAGUGUCUCUUUUACUGCGCUUCAGGCGCUCUCUCCUGCCAAGUACCGAAUGCUCAAAUACGAAGAGGAAAAACUGUUGUUAAGGAGGAUAACGCAGUAUGUGUAAUUUAGAGCAAAUACAAGAAUUGUGCUAUACUAGAGUAGAUACAAUUGUAUCAGUCAAUAUAUUUCUUCGCUGAUUUAGAGGAAAUACAAUUGUGCUCCUCUCGAUCGGAUUCACCACAGGACCCGUGGUUAGUACUAGUAUCGGAAAAGCCUCAAUGCCCCUUGCGGCUAGUAUUGAAGACAAGCGGCGCUAAUCCUCGCACAUGAGCCGGAUGAGAGCAGCACCACUGAAACUUCGCCUGAAAGCUGCAGAGCAAGCGAUGUAGACCGUGACAUCCAAGAGCCUGAUGACUUAGAGGACCUAGAAGAUCCUCUUUCUUUUAUAGAGUCAGACACCGAUGAAGAACUCUCUCGAAGGGAGCUUAGCGAAGAUGCGGGUUCACUUAAGGCUUCAGACGUUCAUUUCUCUGAUUCUUAGAAGACGGAAGCAGUACUUGUUUCACGGAUCGAGUUAUACUUUUUUCCAAAUUUAUCUCCUGAUUCUCCUGACAAGAUCUUCUUAGAAGUAGAUGGCUAGCGGCGCGUCCUAUGUAUGUAUGUAUGUAGGUAUGUAUGUAUGUAUGUAUGUAGGUAUGCGUGUAUGUGUGUAGGUAUGUAUGUAUGUAUGUAUGUAUGUGUGUUUGUAUGUGUGUAGUAUGUGUGUAUGUAUGUAUGUACGUCUGUGGGUAUGUAUUUAUGUAUGUCUGUUUUAAGAACCGAAAAGCUUGCGCUACCAUCAACGCCCUCCUCUAAGAAGCGAAAAGAUUGCUACCAUUGGGGCCUCAAUUUGCAAGGCUACUUGCAUUUUACUUCACCGAUCAGAAGAUAUGCAGAUCUGGUAGUACAUCGACUACUAGUUCAAGCCUUGCAGAAACCUGAAGCUUUUUCCACUGACCUCGAUGCUGAACAUGCGGAUGCCGAAUGUUAAGGAAAGAAUGAAGAGGGAUGUAGUAGAGAGGGAUGUAGUAGAGAGCACAGCAGUGGGCAAGAAUUCAGAUCAGGAUCUCCAAAUUUUUAGGCGUGUAGAAAGAAAGGAUCCUUUCACGACGCUCUCCAUCCUAGCAAGUUAGUCGUGCCAUCCUAAGAAGUUACUUGUCGCAAGACCCAAGGCUCAGCCUUACUAAGGCCCUGCUCCUCGACUACGUCCUACUUAAAAAACUGGUGAUGUAUCCUAUUCUAACAUGAGAGCAGGCUAGAGGUGGCUGCUGAACGAUGCACAGUAUUUGCCCGUCGUCAGGAUGACGCUCACACGGAUUCUUUGGCUUACUAUUUCGGCGAAUAUUUGAGGCGGACCGAAUUUCAACGGAGGCAAGGUGGAUUAAGGCAUAUUAUAACAAUUACGCCAUAGACAAGGUGGAUGAAGGCAUAUUAUAACGAUUAUACUCCAUAUACUUAAUUCGAGAGAAACGUCCAGGAUGCAGCAGCUGUCGUCUCUGAAUAGUUUAAUGAUCACAUUGAGUUUCUUGUAAUUAUUUCUGAGGUCCUGGCUAGAAAACACAUAUUGAAGAUAUUUUUUUUCGGGGUCGUAGUUUUCGGCAAUGAUAUUUUCAACUUAGACUUCAAGCCAAGGCUGCUGGCUGAGGGCGGCAAGAUAUUUUUUUGAAAAUUUUGCAGUCUCUAAAAUAUGUACAAGAUGAAAUGACAACUCAUGAAGAGGAACGAGAAGGAAAUGUUGCUACAGGUGGGAAAACUUCUACAGAGGAGGAAGAGACAGCUUCUACUAGUGGAAUAGCAGUAGACGAACAAAUUACAAGUACGAGGAUAUUAACCGGGCUUAGAUUGAAAGCGGUGGUGUCGAAAAUCAUCGUUUUGCAGAGCAAGAAGGAAAAGAUUCCUGCUUCGGAAGAGAGUCCUGCUACGAUUGAGGCCAAGCCCGCUGCUGCAAGUGAAGCCAAGCCCGCUGCUGCAAGUGAAGCUAAGCCUGCUGCUGCAAGUGAAGCUAAGCCCGCUGCUGCAAGUGAAGCUAAGCCUGCUGCUAGAAGUGAAGCCCCUCUCGACCAAGGACCGUCGGACGAGGUAGACGGAUCUUCCACAACGUCAUCUUCCACCACCAGUACAAGUUCUCAAUCUGAUGAUGAAGAAGAAAACAAAACUAAAAAAGCAUCAAAGCGAAUCAAAGUCGAGUUCUUCUUGCCUCAACUGCGCCAAUUGCGCGCGGGGACGGCUACGAGCUUAGACUGCACACCGGAAGAACUAGAAUUAAGGCUUUUUGUUGUUGUAAUACUUUAUCGUAAUGAAGAACAGGUGAGGAUGAGGUUAGUUUCAUAACAACGUCAUAGCCUUAGGAUCCUAGUUUCAGGUCCAUCUAACAACAACAACAAGCUUGGAUGGAUCUUCUUCUAAUCUUUGCCCUGAAAGUGGGUGAGGAGUUAUCUUUGUGGGCGCAAACCACUCCACAUAGCCUGUGCCUGGCUGGAGCACAAACAGCGGUCCUCCGUGUGCAAGAAAAAGGCGGCUCUCCCGUGCAAUUCAAGAAUAAGGCGAUGUGGACCUUGAAACUGCAUAGGCCUGACUUUGCAUAGGCCUCUGACAGUGAAUAAGGCAGCAUCAAUGUGGACUCUGUAGUGCUGCAGCACUAUAAGUUGACAUCUCUCACGAAUCGCGGAGGCAUGGAUCUGGUGGUCUAUACUUGGAGAUCUGGUCGUUGCGGUGAUGAAUCUGGCAUCAAUAUACAUAUAGAUUUUGCAGAGACCUGAAAGCAUUCGCGAGGCAUCCUUUGAUACUGAAGAAGGACCAUGCUUUGCAAAGACAAGUGGCGGUGAAAGAGAUGAAGCAACAGUGUCAAAGCAUUAGUUGACGUUUUUUUUUUGGGAUUUGAGUGCUGAAGGAGGCUGAUGCUAGCAUAGAAUUUCUCGGGAGAGGCAUGAAAAUAGGAGUGAAGGACAUUGAUACGCAAUGAUAAAGAACUCGAAUCAAGCAUAGAGAACUCGAAUCAAGCAUGGAGAACUCGAAUCAAGCAUAGAGAACUCGAAUCAACCUAUUAUCAGAACUUCGACUCAAUCAAGAAUCAGGAAACAGGAACUCGACUCAGGAAACAAGAAGUCGACUCAAGUUUUCAGCGUUAGAAUUAAUGAUUAACAACUUUCUGGUGCCUAGAAGCCUGGGAGCCGAAGCGGACAAUUAUUUUUUUUGCUUCGGAAACUUCCGUGUAAGUGUAGUGGGAAGCGUUUCCAUGCAUGUGAGAAUCUCAGUACUAUAACGGACAAGAAAGGCACUUUCUAAACGGCAUGCCUGAAUCUUCUUUGAGAAUCCUGCAUCUUUGAGAGCCAAACC